CUCAUAAAUGAUCAACUCAACAUCCUUUCUAAAAUGAUCUUAACGUUGAUAGUAUUAAGCCUGGUCGAAGAAUUAAAUUAUCAAUUGCUUCGACGAUACCCAUCAAGAUUUCUCGGAUUACAAUGUAGGCACGAUCUGCUUAUCUGUAAUCAAAAGUACUCUUCCAUAGUCCAAACUAUUCAGCUAGAUGUAGCUUCCUGCUGGCCCCGAUUCCGCUUUUGGACAAAAUUGCGACGUUAUCCUGAAUUCGAAGGCAUAAAUACUGUUGCGUUUCCCUCAUUCGCAAUGAGGGCCUCGAAGAAAGCUCGCGAAGGUCGUUCUUAUUUACUACAAUGCAAUGGACAAAAACUCGUGUAUGAGCGUAUCCGGAACGUUAGCCCGGGGCAUCUCGCGUUUCAAUGCAGUAGCCGUCGUGCUCUCAAGGAUUCUUUUUGCUUCAGGGUCACCUUUGGCUGUGUCCUCAAAUCCUCAGUCGUCUUCAAUGCGGCGGAUUAACUCGUCGGACCUCGAGCGUACGAGGUAAAAUCGCCGUCGAUUUCACAUGCAGGCUCUGAUAUUUAGCUCAACAUGCCCACACGGUUAGAUGUCGCUCGUGAUAGUUGAACAGGUAGCUCGAAGAC